AUGGCUGCUCCAAUUCCGCUCGUCCACGGCGUUCAUCGUCGCGACCGUCUGGAUCUCGUCGUUCACUGCGAAUACUGGGUCAGCGUACUGCUCAUGUGCGAAGCCGCCGUCGCGCUGGUCUGCUGUCCGCUGUUCGGCUACAUCAUUGACAUAUCGCCGACCCGCCGACUCGCCUACCUGCUCGGCCUCAUCCUCCUGGGCGCGUCAAUGGGCCUCCUGGCCAUCGCCCGCUCCGUCGCCCUCUUCGUCGCCGCGCGUCUGCUGCAGGGCAGCGCAACGGCCGUGGUGAUCGUCGCCGGCCUCGCCCUCCUCACCGACUCCGUCGCCUUCGACAACCUCGGCCAGACCAUCGGCUACCUGGGCUCCUCCGUCGCCCUGGGUUUCAUGCUGGGCCCGCUGCUGGGCGGGCUCGUCUACAACGCCGCCGGCUACCACGCCGUCUUCGCCGUGGCCUUUGCCCUGGUCGGCGUGGACCUCGUCAUGCGCGUCGCCGUCAUCGAGAAGAAAGUCGCCCGGCAAUGGAUCGCCGCCCCGGACGACGAGCCUGCCCAUGCACCGCACGCCGACGCCAACACCACCACCAUCCCGACGAAACCGCCCCAGCCCGCACUGCUCCUCAUCGCCCGCCAGCCGCGCGUCCUCAUCUCCUCCUGGGGCUUGCUCGUCCACGGCAUCCUCUACUCCUCCUUUGACGCCACCAUCCCCAUCUUCGUCGAAUCGCGCUUCGGCUGGGGCCCGCUCGGCGCAGGCAUGACCUUCCUCCCCUCAGCGCUGACCGCGUUCCUGGGGCCGGUCUUCGGCCACCUCUCGGACCGCUGCGGCGCGUGCCUCGUCACGUUCACGGGCUUCCUCCUCCUCGCGCCGCCGCUGGUGUGCCUCCGCUUCGUGGAAUCCGCCGUCGCACCCACCACGGCGGGCGUAGUCCUGCUGCUCGCGCUGCUCACCAUCAUCGGCCUUUUCAUCAACCUCUGCGUCCCGGCGCUGUAUGUCGAGACGCAGCAGGAGCUGGAGCGCAUGGAGCGCACGCGGCCGGGGCUGUUCGGCCCGCGCGGCGCCGUGGCGCAGGCGUUCGGCAUCCAGACCAUGGCGCAGUUUAUGGGCAUGCUCGUUGGGCCGCUGUGGGGUGGGUUUGUUGCGGAUCGCUUCGGGUGGGCGGCCAUGGUGGCCUCGUUGGGCGUCUUGGCUGGGGGCACGGCGGUGCCUAUGUUAUGGCUCAGCGGGCGGCCGCAGGAGCAUGAGGGGAACGAUGCAGAGAGGGAGCGGUUACUCCCGGGGAGCCCCGAGUAA